CGUGCUCUCGGCGUCUCGGACGGCUCUUUGUAGGCGUCGCUUCCACGGGUAGUAUCCGUCGUGGCGGGCGGGUUUGCAGUUAGGGAGCGGGCGAGCAAGCAGGCUGGCGCCAGGAUGCCGCUGGGCCUGAAGCCGACGUGCAGCGUGUGCCGCACCACCUCCUCGUCCAUGUGGAAGAAAGGGGGCCAAGGCGAGAUCCUUUGCAACAACUGUACGGGCCGCUCAGGGCCGAGCGGCGUUGCCGGAGCUUCCUACGCCACCACCUCGGCGUCCGCGCAGCAGAGCAACGGGGGCGGCGGCGGCGGCGGGGGGAAACAGAGUAAGCAAGAAAUCCAUAGAAGAUCAGCUCGGUUAAGGAACACAAAAUACAAGUCUGCUCCUGCUGCUGAAAAGAAAGUUUCCACUAAAGGAAAAGGGAGAAGGCAUAUUUUUAAGUUAAAAAAUCCUAUCAAAGCUCCGGAAUCAGUUGCCACCAUAAUUACAGCAGAAUCUAUCUUCUACAAGGGAGUUUACUAUCAGAUUGGAGAUGUUGUUUCAGUGGUUGAUGAGCAGGAUGGUAAAACAUACUAUGCACAGAUUAGAGGGUUUAUUCAAGACCAGUACUGUGAAAAAAGUGCAGCUUUAACAUGGCUCAUUCCUACUACAGCUAGCCCCAAAGAUUGUUUUGACCCUGCAACUUACAUAAUAGGACCAGAGGAAGAUCUUCCAAGAAAAAUUGAAUAUUUAGAAUUCGUUUGCCAUGCACCUUCAGAAUAUUUUAAAUCUCGCUCAUCUCCUUUUCCUACCAUACCUACUAGACCAGAAAAAGGUUAUAUCUGGACUCAUGUUGGACCUACUCCAGCAAUCUCAAUCAAGGAAACUGUUACCAGCAGCUUGUAGUCUGUUUUGUUUGAAACGUACCUCUUAAAUGUAUAAUUACAACUGUUUCAGUCUGCCCAACUAGCUCCAGCAGUGACUUUAAAUUUGCCUGUAUCAAAAUCACAUUUUCUUCACAUUAUUUGAAACAUUCUGUAAAUGUACUGAAACACAUUUUCAAA